CCAUUGUGCAAUUGCAAUGAAGAAGCAGCAGCAGCGCGCAGACGAUCUCGACGACGACUACCUGCUCGAGCCCAUCACCGACGACGUCCUCGGGCGCGACGACGACACUGCCGCGGAAACGCCCGUGCGAGCGUCUACGAAGCGAUCUGCCAAGCAAGCUGACGACGAGGACGCCGGCGAUGAUCGCUCGCAUCAUCAGCAGAGCAAGCAAAACAAAGCACAGGCCAAGGGUAAAGGUGCGCAAUCCGCUGCAGAGCAAUCUCGCAAAAAACCGCGCGUGGACGAUGGCGAGCAGCUGGAAGAUGCCGCCGACGAUCAGGCUGACGACGACGACGACGACGACGACGAGCAACGCUUGGCGACGCCAAAGCCUGCAGAUGGACAUAGCUACACGCCGGAAGAGCUGCUGGCACUGAAGCGUGCACGCCGAAAGCGCCAAAACCUCAAGCAAAAAGCCAAAUUGAAGAUGCGCGAUGCCUCCAAGGACGCAAUGCUGCAGAACGAAUCGAAAUCGCAGGCCGCAGUGUUCAUGUCCGAACUCGGCAACGCAUACCAAAAUAAGCUAUCCGGUCUCGAACUGGAGGAAGCCCAGGUGGACUCAACCCAUUUCGUCGACUACGAGUCCUUCAAGGAACCGCACACGCUUGCCAACAUGUGCAGCUUUGUCAAGCACAUCGUCCCGCAUUGGGGUGCAUUCUUUGCCGUGUCGGAAAAGCAAAAGGCCAAGGUUCCGUUUGGUGCGCCCCGAGCCCUGAUUUUGGUGCCAUCCGCACUGCGUGCUGCUGAAGUCAUCCGAUCACUCGAGGAACUUGGCAAGCUGUGCAAGAUUGGCAAACUGUUCGCCAAACACUUCAAGGUCGACGAGCAAAUCGAGUAUCUCACCAAGAACCACAUGCGCCUCGCCGUCGGUACUCCAAACCGUGUUAGUAAGCUGGUUGAGCAAGGCUCGCUGAACUUCUCCCAACUCGAAUAUGUUAUUGUGGAUUGCGAGCGCAACUCUAAAAACCAAUCCAUCUUCCAAUUGGAUGGGGUGAACAAGGACUUGUUUGACUUUAUUCGAAGCGAUUGCCUCUCGCGCGUCAAAAAGGGCCGUGUCAAGCUGGCCCUUUUCUAAAAGAAUCAUCGUGUUGUCUGCUGCCCUUCAUGUCGUGCUUCAAAAAAACUCUUUUAUGAUCCGUUUUCAAAACUACACAAACCAUUCAUUGAUG